ACUGUCUGCUCCAAUUCGAUCACCCCAUUUCCAUUUGUUUUCGCAAACAUUUUCUCGUUUUGAACACUUAAACGAACAUGGAUGCUGCCGGAGACAUUGGUAAAAAAGUAAUGUGGCGCCCUGACCACAAGAAAAGGACAAACAUUCUUGAUUUCAAGCAGAAAGUGAACACAAAAUAUUGUCUCGAUCUUGAAACAUACGCUGACCUUUACAAGUGGUCAACUGACAACUAUCCUCAAUUCUGGGAGGAAGUAUGGAAGUUCACUGAUAUCAUACAUUCCAAAUCAUAUGAUCAGGUCGUAGAUGAGAACAAGCGUAUUGAUGAAGUACCAGAGUGGUUCCAUGGCAGCCGGCUCAACUAUGCAGAGAACAUGCUUCGAUGUGACGAUGACAGGGUGGCCAUUUAUGCAGCUAGAGAGGGUGUCAAGGAGGUUCGGAAGCUCACAUUCAGGCAAGUGCGCGAGAAUGUCGCCAAAUAUGCAGCUGCUAUGAGGAAGAUAGGAAUAGAGAAAGGAGAUCGCGUUGUGGGUUACAUACCCAACUGUCCAGAAGCUUUAGAAGCCAUGUUAGCUGCUGCAAGUAUUGGUGCAAUUUGGAGUUCAACUUCCCCAGAUUUCGGUGUCAGUGGGGUUUUGGAUCGAUUUACACAGAUAAAACCAAAAUUGAUAUUCUCUGUGAAUGCUGUUCGAUACAAUGGAAAAAGACACAAUCAUAUGGAAAAAAUACAGCAGGUCGUUAAAGGUUUACCAGAGCUAGAAAAAGUUGUUAUAAUACCAUUUGCUGUAGAAAAUGGUGAAACGUUAGAUAUCUCGGGCAUAGCAAACGGGUGCACUCUUGGUGAUUUUCUGGACCUUGGGCUUGAAGAUGGAGAAGUUCCUGACUUACAAUUUGAACAGCUGCCAUUUAACCAUCCGCUCUUUAUCAUGUACUCAUCUGGCACAACUGGAGCACCAAAGUGUAUGAUUCAUUCAGCUGGGGGUACCUUGAUACAGCAUUUAAAAGAGCAUGUUAUCCUUGGCAACCUUUCCCAAAGUGAUAUCAUAUUAUACUACACCACGACUGGGUGGAUGAUGUGGAACUGGCUGGUGACUGCCAUGGCUGCUGGUGCUGCUAUUGUCACCUAUGAUGGAUCUCCAUUCAUUCCAACACCAAAUGUGCUGUGGGACCUCAUCGAUGAGAUUGGUAUCACUAUAUUUGGUACCAGUGCAAAAUGGAUAGCAGUGUUAGAAGACAGGGAAAUCUACCCUGCACGUACCCACAAAUUGACCAGCCUCCAUUCUAUCCUGUCGACCGGCUCACCACUUAAACCACAGAGCUAUGAGUAUGUGUAUAAGGAAGUGAAGAAAGACCUUCUGCUGGGGUCAAUAACAGGUGGAACUGACAUUGUGUCGUGCUUUGCUGGAGCCAACUGGGAUGUUCCAGUCUACAAAGGGGAGAUUCAGGCACGCAAUCUCGGAAUGGCUAUCGAAAGCUGGGAUGAAAACGGUAAACUAGUGUACAAUAAGAGCGGUGAGCUUGUGUGCUUGAAGCCCUUCCCUUCUAUGCCAACAAGCUUCUGGAAUGAUCCUGAUGGCGCCAAGUACAAGAAGGCUUACUUUGAUAAAUAUGAGGGUGUGUGGGCCCAUGGAGACUUUGUGACAAUCAACGCCCACACUGGGGGAAUACUCAUGCUUGGUCGAAGUGAUGGUACGCUGAAUCCAAGUGGGGUGCGAUUUGGAAGUGCUGAAAUAUACAACAUUGUUGAGACCUUCAAGGAGAUUCUUGACAGUGUGUGUGUGAGUCAGAGAAGUCAAGACAAUUCUGAAGAGAGGGUCAUCUUGUUCCUGAAGAUGGCACCAGGGAUCAGGUUCUCAGAGGAGCUAGUCAAGAGGCUACGAGCUGUCAUCCGACAGCAGCUGUCUGCACGCCAUGUUCCGACCAUCAUUCUACCAAUAGAGGACAUUCCUUACACACAGAAUGGGAAGAAAGUAGAAGUUGCGAUCAGGAAAGUUCUUGCUGGUCAGGAUGUGACAUACCGCGGGGCUUAUGCCAACCCAGGCUCCCUCGAUCUCUAUAAAGAUAUUCCAGAACUGCAGGGAUAUUAACGUAAGCACUGUUCUCACACUGGUCCAUCAUACAUGUGGUCUAUCGUACAUAUUAUACCUUAUGAGAACUUUUGCUUGCAAACCAUGCCCCGGUUUACUGUAUGUAUUUGUUAUUUGCAAACUUUGCAGCAUUCCAAUUUCUUUUGUCAAGUGUACUACCAAUGCAAUUGUAUUCUAAAACACCAAUGUUAUACUGUACUACUGUUUACAGCGUACUAUAAGGUAUAUAUCUAUCAUGUGCCUUUGGCCAAGUAUUUUGUUGAAUUGGCCACUACCAUUGUUUAAGAUGUAUGUGUAGUUUUGGUUGGUGAAGGUCUGAAUGAAGAAAUAUAUCAGUACGAGUUUGUGCUCACAAAUCUCAGUUCGGUGGUCUUGUUUGGCAGCUAAGUACUUAUUUAUGAACAUUGGAUCAGAUAGUUUUAUUAUUAUUUAUUGAAGAGGAUGAAGAAUAUAUUAUCAAUGCAGGGUUGGCUCUGUGAAAUUUGUCCUUCUAGCCACUUUUUAGCCAAGUAGCUGUCACUUUUAGCCAUAUUGAGUUAGCUCUAUACACCUUUCCAGAAAUGGGGCGCUGAGUGUCCGAAAUAGUGAUGUUAUAAGGGGAAACUAGGCCUUAUGGUGGAGGGACAAAGGAGAUAGUCAUGGUUGACCAACACUCUUGAAUGCCUUUAAUGACGGACAAGGGAAAAAGUUAGUUCCAUUGCAAGCCACCAAUUUCGGGAAGUAUGUGUCGCCAUUGCCGAUCGUUUGUUCGUCUUGGGGCCGACCCAGCCCACAGUAACAUGUGCGAGAAUGGCAGCCCGCCAGUACUGAGACAGCCAAUCAACGAACGAUUUGAGGAACCCGUGACCGGAGACUCCAUGGCAACGAAGCGAGCGGGAAACUAGCCGAUAAUGUAUGCGCAAGGCGACCAGCAGCGCCUCCAAAAUCACUGUAGCGGCAACGGGUAGAACUACAACGCAGACGAUAGCAACCACGUGUGAUAGCGCGGCCACCCGCAAAUAAUGAUAAAGUUUGACUGAUUAACGAUCGUUCCUUGGUGCAUUUGGUGUGGAAGUGGAUCUUUUUGAUAGACUUUGACCAAUUUUCGCACAACACUAUUACUCUCUCGGCAAAUCAUGACAAUUAAAAUUGAACUCGAAAUGUUUUAGCCAGACAUUGUUUUACAUUCGCCACUCAUGUGCAGCAUUCGCAAGUGGCGAAAAUGCGAACGGGCGCGCCAACCCUGCAAUGUAUCGCAAUAUUUUUCCCUGUCGACUUUGACCAUGCUUUUAAUUUUCAACGGUGCUCAUUGGUUCAUAAGUGUAUUUCCACAUAGAAUCAGGCAAUUUAGGAAUGUUUUUCCAUCCACCAGUGGAUGGUAAUGCCUGAUAUAAGUCUGGAUAUUCUCUGUCUCUUAUCAUGCAAUCUGUAAAGUCAGCUGUCUCAUACAUGUAAUUAUGUAUUGAUAUAAACUAUGCUAAUAAAGUAUUCAA